AUGGAGGCGUGCUUCCUCCCCACCGACCUGCUGGUGGAGAUCCUGCUCCGGCUCCCGCCCAGCGCCCGCCGCCGCGCCCGCCUCGUCUGCAAGCUCUGGCACGACCUCGUCGCCGAGCACACCACGGAGAUGCAGAGCCGCGCCAAGGUCCUCCUCUGGCACGCCGGCUCCGCCGCCGCCUACCUGGUGGGCACGUGCAACGGCCUCCUCUGCAUAUGCGACAACCGCGGCGAGAGGACCGGCGGCACCGUCACCCUCGUCAACCCGGCAACCGGGGAGAAGCUGUCCAUCCCGCCGCUACCAGGCGCCGCCCAGUUCGCGCUAAACUACCACUGCCAGAAGUGGGACAGGGCGUACAGCUUCGCCUACCACCCGACGUCCGGGCAGUACAAGGUGGUGCACGUCCCGUGCAGCUUCGACCGGGUCUGCGACUAUGACGCCGCACAUGUGCUCACGCUUGGGGAGGCGGCCUGGCGGGAGGUGCCGGACUCCAAUGGCAAGAGAUGCAACCUCCACGCCGGCAUCGUCAGUGUCGACGGCGUGACAUACUGGGUCACGGACGGCGGCACCGCGAGGAUUGUCUCGCUCGACCUCGAUGAUGAGCACGUCGCCUCCUCCACCAUGGCGUUGCCUUCUCUGCCGGACAAGCCUGACGACUACAACUUGACCGAGGUGGACGGGAGGCUGGGAGUCGUCCUCCGCAGCCCCUCGGGGACAAGGGAAGCGUGGGUUCGGGACAAGGGGAAGUGGAUCUGCCGGUACGUGCUCAGGUGCAAAUGGCAGCAGAUUCCACGCCCGUACUUCGCGCACGGCGAAUACUUCCUGAAGUUUGAGGGCAGAUUGUUGUUGUAUGUGUACUCACGGAAGUCCGGCGUCGUGAAGGUUAGUCGCAAGGAUGAGGGAAGGCUGGUGGCCAAGAUGAAAGAUGAUAGCUACGGUUCUAACUACCAAACCUUUGCGUAUGUCAAGACGUCUGAGCCAUUAGGUGUUUACGAUGGAACCAAGUAG